GCUGUGCAGGAGCUGAUUCCAUUCCUAACGGCCAGAGAUGUGCUCUUGCCAGUCUGCCGCACAAUGCUGAAUCUCUUGUUCAUCCUCGCAGGCCUGAGCCUUCUGACUUCCUUGGCCCAAAGUUCUGAAAUGCCAUUUCUACACCUAACAGUGCCAGAGAAGAUUGGAGCAAACACCAACGGUGGUCAUGUUUCAGAAAGACAUGUCACUUACUCAAUCAAAAUUGGAAAAGAAAAAUUCACGCUUCUUCUUGAAAGACAAUCAUUUUUGCAUCCAAAUUUCCUGAUUUAUUCAUACAACAAAUCAAGAACGGUAUACUUAGAUACUUCAUUCUUAAAGAUGCAUUGCUUUUACCAGGGACAUGUUGCUGAGAUUAGAAAAUCAGCUGUGAUUGUCAACACCUGCUUUGGACUCAGAGGAUUAUUGCAGUUGGAUAACGUCACCUAUGGAAUAGAACCAUUGGAAUCUUUGGUAACAAAUGAGCACAUGAUUUAUCAAAUAAGGACGAAUGAAGUUGGUUAUUCCUCCCUACAAGAAAUGUACUCCUUAACCAAGAAUGCACCACACUUUUACAACAUUAUAGUCAAGUCACAUUGUGACUUUAUGGGCGCUGAAGUGGCACUUUCAGCUGAAAAAAUUGUCUACAUGUUUGGUCUUAUUAAUGCUAUGUUUUCCAAGGUCAACAUCACCAUUAUGCUGUCCUCUCUGGAACUCUGGUCGGAUGGAAAUAAGAUUUCAACACAUGGGGAUGCUGAGGAAAUACUACAGAAUUUUCUGUCAUGGAAACAAAAACCCCAUGGGAUGUCUUACUUAUUAAUUUAUAGGGAACAUGCUGCUUUUGUGGGAACAACAUAUCAUGGAACGGCUUGUGAUCCAAAGUUUGCCACAGGAGUUGCUCUGUAUCCAAAGAUGUUAACUUUAGAGGCAUUUUCAGUUGUUAUGGUACAAUUGAUUGGAAUUAAUCUGGGAUUAUCAUAUGAUAAAAUCCAUAGUUGUGUCUGUCCAGGAACUACAUGUGUAAUGAACCCUGCAGCAAUAUGGUCCAGUGGUGUAAAGUUAUUUAGCAGUUGCAACAUAGAAGAUUUCAAACAUUCCGUGUCACAGCCUACAUUUGCAUGUCUGCAGAAAGAGAAUGUUGCAAAAGUUGUUUACCAAGGAAAAAAUUCAGUUUGUGGUAAUGGAAUUUUGGAAACAAAUGAGCAAUGUGAUUGUGGUGUUCUGACGCAUUGUACUCACCCAAAAUGCUGUGAUGCUGCAGAAUGUACUCUGAUUGGAUUUGCUGAGUGUGGCUCUGGCCAAUGCUGUGAUAAAGCAACCUGCCUGAUUGCCACAAGGGGAACGCUAUGUAGGGAAAGUGAAGACCCAUGCGAUUUUCCAGAAUAUUGCAAUGGAACGUCUGAAUUUUGUGUACCUGAUGUGAGAGCUGCGAACUAUCAACCAUGUGCUAAUAAAACUGCAUUUUGUUUCAAAGGAAAAUGCAGAGACCGAGACACUCAGUGCGCAGAAGUAUUUGGAAUAUAUGCUUCCGGUUCACAUUACCUGUGUGGACAAGAAGUGAAUUCAUUGAAUGACCGAUUUGGUGUAUGUGACGGUGGUAGGUGUUCACAAAGGAACUCGCUUUGUGGAAACCUAGUUUGUUCAUGGAGAAGUACAGAUUUAAUACGAUCAAAAACCUAUGACUAUCAAUAUACUUUUUAUAGAGAUCAAUUAUGUGUGUCUGCAGCAGCAAAAGAUAAUUCCAGAACAGGACGAAACAUUGUGCAAGAUGGAACCAUGUGCAAUCAGAACAGUGCAAUUAUUUGGCGGUUUCUGGAUGCAGAUUUAGGUCCUUGA